AUGCAUGACCGUUCCGCUGAGUCUGUCCGUGCGCUCGAGUUCUAUAGCGGAAUAGGUGGUCUUCAUCUUGCUCUUAAGCGCAGCAAAGUGCCCGGAAUCGUCAUAAAGGCUUUUGACUGGGAUCAGAAUGCCGCCCGAGUCUACGACGCAAAUCACGGCCCUUCGUUAACUGCAAAGACAGACAUUUCGGAUUUGACCGCCUCCUUCCUGGCUCCUUACCGCGCAAAUUUAUGGAUCCUUUCGCCUGCAUGCCAGCCGUAUACAGUUCUGAAUCCUGAUGCGAAAGGAAUCCUGGAUCCCCGGGCAAAAUCUUUUUUGCAUCUUGUACAAGAUGUGCUCCCUGAGCUUGUCUCUAUGGGUGCACAUCCGACUCACUUUCUGGUGGAGAAUGUUGGAGGGUUUGAGGGAUCGCCAACACGUCGAGUACUUCUUUCGCAGCUACACACGUUAGGUUACACCACUGCCGAAUUUCUACUCACCCCCCUUCAAUUCGGCAUACCCAACUCGAGACUUCGUUACUACCUUCUAGCCAAAACUGCACCAUUUUCUUUUCCUUACAUUCAGGCAGGCGAGACUUAUCAAUACAUUCCACAUGGCAACGAGCAAUAUGAUGAAGUUUCCUCUACAUGGCUAGAUCCUCGGAUGAACCCCAUAGCAGACUCGGAGUUGGUCGACGUGAACAUUAGAGAUAUUCAACAUUAUCUAGAUAAUGAAGACGGCUCUUCUCUAUAUCUUGGUGCGCAUGCUGUAUCGGACAGAGUUCUUGAGAAGUGGGGCAGACUCUUUGACAUCGCUAUUCCGUCUUCUAAGCGUACUUGCUGUUUUACUCGAGGCUAUACCCAUCUCGUAGAGCGCUCUGGCUCUAUCAUACAAAUGAAUCCCGAACUUAAUACCAAGAAGACAUUCGACACCUUUCUUGCAGCUCAAGCUUCCGGUCAGCAAGAUGCCGUUUCUAUCCUGCACCCUCUUCGUCUGCGCUAUUUCACACCUUCAGAACUGCUUCGCAUCUUUCACUUUAAUCUCCCGUCAAACCCAGUUGGGAAAGACAGAGAAACAUCACUAUCAACUAUUCAUUCGACAGAUGAAACAGACGAAAAGACUGAAAAUGCUGCGUCAAUCACGGUGAACGGAAGCCAGAACGACGAUCACAAUGGUAGUACUUUCACUGACAAGUUUUUCUGGCCUGAAAGUAUAUCUACCAAGACGAAGUACCGCUUAAUCGGCAACAGUGUUAACGUUCAUGUAGUUACUGAACUAAUCAAUUUCUUGUACGAAGAUCGAUUAUAGUCAAAACAAAUUCACUAAUUCUUUUCGUCUUUUUCGUCGUUCCCCAUAACCUACAUACCAUGCUAGAUUGUUCUACCCCAACUUGAUCAUGCAAGUAACGGGGAACGGCAAGACAUCUAAUUGUUGAUAUCAAGAUUGACAACAAGCGCUUGAUCAUGAU